CUUUUAUAACAAAUAAAGCAUAGUUGGAGCUACAUAUGUUAGCAAACGUGUAUAACUGCACUUAACAUCCAACUUGUGUAAGACUUUGUGUGAUAAAAAGCAUCAUAAAAGAGAAUAGAAGAAAACAUUGACAUUGAAAAUUGUCUUAACAAUUAAACAACGUGUUAGGGCAUGACCGCAAUACCAACUCCUUUAAUAACAUCAAGUACUUCAGCAAACAAUAUGGAUCGUAAACACUCCUCAACGUCCUUGUUUUCGUUGAGCAACAUUGCUACGGAACCACCAAUGCUGACACCCGAAGAGGAGGAAACAGAGAAAAAGCACUUAGAAAAGAUUGUAUCGGCUCUAAGGUUAUAUCGGAAAUUUUCACUUUCAAGAGUAAAUAAAACGGAAUGGAAUUUAAAUCAAUUGCCCAAGAGGCACCAGAAAAUGCUGACAAAGUAUCGCCAGCAUUUGAGCACACUCAGGGAUUGUAUAGACAAAAAUCAAGAAGUCUUAAAUGAAAUGUUGAGCGAGAACCCAUUGAGAGAUGCAUCAAUGGCCCACAAUAGAAAAUCGGACGAACAUGCAGCAAAAAUACGACACAUUGAUAUGGAAAACUCUGAUGAGAAUGUUGAACAUUUUCACAUUUUAAAGGCCCAAUCCACACUGAAAGCCAUUGCUCGGGACUGGAGUGAGGAGGGAGCAGAGGAGCGCAAACAAUCGUACCAACCCAUCAUCGACGCCAUUGAACAAUACUUUGACCCUAAGGAUUGCAAUGUAGAUGAAGUGAAAAUUUUAGUGCCUGGCUGUGGUUUGGGUAGAUUAUCCUAUGAGCUGGCUUGUCGCGGUUACGAGUGUGAGGCCAAUGAGUUUUCCUACUUCAUGCUAAUAGCAUCCAACUUUGUAUUAAACAAUUGCUCUCGAGAGAAUAUGUACACUUUGCAUCCUUGGGUACAUCAACAUGAUAACAAUUUACGCCGAGCCGAUCAGGUGGCUGCUGUACGUUUUCCCGAUGUUUGUCCUUUAAAGAACAGACCAACAGGUAUAUUAUCUGUGGUAGCAGGAGACUUUUUGGAGGUUUAUAAAAACCCUGAUACAUAUAAUUGUGUGGCUACAUGUUUCUUUAUUGACUGCGCUAAUAAUGUGGUAGACUUCAUAGAAACUAUUUAUCAUAUCUUGGUUCCUGGCGGUAUUUGGAUUAAUUUAGGACCUUUACUAUACCACUUUAGCGACAUUCAAAAUGAGGAAAGUAUUGAGCCCACAUUCGAAGACAUAAUGCUGGUUAUAACUGGUGUGGGUUUUGAGGUUUUAAGCUCGAAAACUGGUGUGCGCACAAAAUAUGCACAGAAUCCUCAAUCCAUGUUGAAAAGCGAAUAUGAAAGUUUAUUUUGGAUAUGUCGCAAGCCUCUGCAAAGCCCCUGUAAUGAUGAUGAUAAUGUUAAUGAAGAUGAUGAUGAAAAUGGUUAUAGCUAUUCUGGUGGCUUUACGGGAUCCUUUCCCUUGAAGUAAUAUCAAUAUUUUUCAAAGCGGACUUCAGUUUGUGAAUUACUUUUCAUUUGAUCAUGUAUGUUAGUGUAAAUUUAUAUUUUAAUUUUUUCUUUUCUUUUUUUAUUUUUUUAUUUUUAAUGUUAACACGAUUUUUAACGACUUCCAAGCAUUUUAUUUGGAAAUUAUGUUUAUAAGACAAAUGAAUUUUUAUUUUUAGGUCAAACUAGAAUAAGUAAUAAAAAUUAUAUAAAUAAAGACUUUAUAUUAAAAAAACUGCACAUUAAUAAUA